UGUGAUGGGAGACGAUGAGAUAAGAAUGGAUAAUAUUGAAAAUUUAACAGAAGAAUAGUUAAAGAUACUUGAAUAAAGAUAUAAAGAGUAAUAUUUACCAAAUUAUCGUUUGUAUUUACUUGUCCCUUUCAAUUUGGUUACUGCAGGAUUCACUAUGUAUUAUACAAUACAUUUCAAAUAUUAUUCAAAAAAGUUAUUUUCACCUAAAAAAUUUGGUUUUAGAGAAGUAAUUAAAUAUGGCACAAUUCAAUCAAUUGUUUUUACAUCAUUUUAUAUUUUAGGGACUGCAGCAAUAACAGGUAUUUGAAUUGAAAUAUGAAUCUUAGGACUAUAUAAUCCUAUUGAGUAUAUGAGAGGUUUAGCAAAAAUAAAAGGUAAGUAAAUAGAUACAGCUUUGAAAUUUGAUCCAAAUUUCUAGAAACAUUUUCUAUUUAAUUUAUUAGAUUAUUUUGGAGUUAGUGAUAAAGUUGUAAAUGAAGUGAAGUAAUUAUAAAUAUAUAACAUUCAUAGAGAUGAAUUAUUAACUUAAAAGAAUUAAUUAGAAUCUAAGAAUUAUUUUAGUAAGGAAACAUCAAAACUAUUGAAUUAAGAUCUUGAUAAUAAAUGA